AUGAUUCUGGAUAACUUCGAAUACAAAUUACAAUAUCGUACAGCAACUAGAAGUAUAUGGAGGUGCAAUCAAUCUAACAAGACUUGUCUAUGCAAAGCAAAGUUUAUGUCGUUUGGCAGAAGUAUUCGCAUCAAAUCAGUGGCACAUACUCAUGGACCAACAUUUCGCGGAGAUCAUAGUGAAUUGAAUUCCCAAUUUGUGACUAUAGAGUUUGGAGAUUUUUAUAAAGAUCGGAAGUAG